AUGUCACCAUUAUUGAUUAGAUUUACCGUUGCUGCUGUUCUUACUCAAAUUCAAGAUUAUUUUCAAAUUGGCGAUUCGAACGCGGGUUUAUUACAGACAAUCUUCAUUGUUUUUUAUAUGAUUUUUGCACCGUUAUUCGGUUACUUUGGUGAUCGUUAUAACAGGAAAAUGCUUAUGAUUAUUGGUUUGACGAUAUGGACUACAGCUGUAUUUACCUCAUCAUUAAUUCAUCAAAAACAGUUCUGGCUUUUUGUGCUUUGUCGAGGAAUAGUUGGCAUCGGUGAAGCUUCUUAUUCCACCAUAGCUCCAACUAUUAUUGCUGAUUUAUUUAUUGGCCAUCGACGAAGUACCGCUCUUAUGGUGUUUUAUUUUGCUAUACCCGUGGGAAGUGGGCUUGGUUUCAUAAUGGGUUCAAAUAUAUCUUUAUGGACUGGAUCAUGGCAGUGGGGUAUUCGGUUGACUCCUAUUAUUGGAAUUAUUUGCUUAUUGCUUCUAAUAAUCAUUUUGAACGAGCCUAUACGUGGCGCAGCUGAAAAUGCAAACCUAGAGGCGACUACAUUAUGCGAUGAUAUAAAAUAUCUUUUGACUAUUCGAACAUACAUAUUUUCUACAAUUGGUUCGACCUGUGUAGUUUCUGUAGCGGGUUGUUUAGCGUGGUGGACACCUACGUUGAUUCAACAUGCUUGGUCAAUGGAACAUGGAACCAGCGAAAUUUCCAGUGAUAUUAAAGCGAACAUAUCAUUGACAUUUGGAUUCAUCACGUGCGUUGCUGGAAUAAUCGGUGUUAUUGUAGGGUCAGCACUAUCGCAGGUCUGGCAAGAAGGAAUAAGUUGUUUGAAACCAAAUAAACUCGCUGAUCCACAUGUCUGCGCAAUUGGAGCAUUUAUGGGAGUACCGCUACUUUUUUUUGCUCUAACAUUUGCUGCACAUCAUAUUUUCUUUUGUUGGGUUUUCAUUUUUUGUGGUGUGAUGUGCUGCAGUUUUAACUGGGCCGUUAACAUGGAUAUUCUGAUGUAUAUAACUGUCGCUCAUCGUCGGGCUGUUGCAACUGCAAUGCAAACUUUAAUAUGUCAUUUGUUUGGUGACGCUUCUACACCUUACAUCGUUGGUCUUGUUUCUGAUACUCUUAGAGGGGAUGAUUCUUCGAUUGCUGCACAUUUUUAUGCAUUACAAAGAGCGUUAUACAUCCCCAAUUUUAUAUUGGUUGGUGGUGGAGCCAUGUAUUUAAUUUGCUCAUUGUAUUUACUUCGUGAUAAAGAGAAAGCAAUGGAAUCAGUGCAGAGUACUUAG